AUGGACGCGGAAAGGACAUUCAUCAUGGUAAAGCCCGACGGGGUUCAGCGCGGCAUAAUGGGCGAGGUGUUCAAGCGCUAUGAACAGAAGGGGCUGAAGCUGGUGGCCGCUAAGUUCCACCAACCGAACGCUGACGUAGUUGCUAGCCACUACAGCGAGCACAAAGAGAAGCCCUUUUUCGGCUCGCUCUGCGACUUCAUUACACAGGGACCUGUUUUCUGCAUGAUCUGGGAGGGGCCUGAGGCGGUGAAGAUCGGACGCAAGUUGGUAGGCGUCACAUCACCUGUGGAGAGUGCGCCAGGGACCAUCCGUGGAGACUUCGGCGUUGUCACGCACAAAAACCUGGUUCACGCCAGCAGCUCAGUGGAAGACGCCACGCGCGAGUGCAACUUGUGGUUUAAACCGGAAGAGAUCGUCUCAUGGGAGAAGACUGUGGCAGGCUGGAUUGUGUAG